CGUCAUCCAAUGCGACGGUUCCUGAAGCCUCACUGCCACCGUCUCGCUUUGUGAAACACUGUCAGAAGUGUGAUCGAGUUCAGAAAGAAUCUUAUCGGCAACAGGCAGACAAAAAAAUGAAGAAGAUGCCAAAAAUGUAUCCAGCCGGCCAGAAGAGUUUACAGAAAGAACAUCAACGUUAAGAGGAUGUCUCUGAAAAGAGAAACAAAAGAAAGGGUAGGACUAACAUUCAGAGACCACGCAAAAUUAUAAACCGUAUGAAGGUGAGAGACUGUAAUCCUCAAUAUAUGGGCCCAGAUGAAGACUUAAACAGAUUGGGCUCCAGUUUGGGCAGACGCUGCUACUUGAAGGACAGUAAUGCCCACAAGCCGUCAGAAUCCUCAAAGACUAACACAGUGAGGCCCGAGAAGAAAUUGUGUCCAAAUCAAACUGGAGAAGAUUUUCAAGAGAAUGACAACUUGUCCUCUCUUCAGGGUCGUCCACAAAUUAAACAACCUGAUAAGAACAGGAAGAAACUGGCAUCUGCAACAAAGACCUUGGUAACGGCCUCUCAGCACCCUAGAUUGCAGCCUAUUGUGAAGCUAACAAGGAUCGAUGCCAUCAAAUCUCAAAGAGUGUACAAUAUAAAUCCAAUCCGCCAACAGUGUGUGGAAACAUUUAAAUACAAAUUGAAUUCUAAAGAUAAUGGAGGGAUUCAUGGGAGUAAGAAACCGUAUCACUGUCCUGAAGGUGGGAAACAAUUCUCAGAUAGUCACAUGCCUAAGAAACGCAGAGAAGAUAAUACAGGGAAGGAGUCAUACCACCGUUCUAAAUGUGUUAAGAACUUUUCAAAACACAGCCAUACCACAACUCCCAUUGUAGAGAAACCAUAUUUGUCUAAACGUGGCAAACAAUUCUCACAAGUGAGCCACCUUCAGACAGACAUGAUUGGUCACGGACGACAGGGUUUAUGUUGUUGUCCAGUAUGUGGUAAACAUUUCUUUGACAAGAGCCGUCUUCGCAGACACAAAAGAAUUCACACUGGAGAGAAACCAUAUUGUUAUUCUGAAUGUGGCAAACGGUUCUCACAAUCAAGCCAUCUUCAGACACACAUGAGAGUGCACAAAGGAGAACAGCCAUUUUCCUGUUCUGAAUGUGGCAAACGGUUCUCACAAGCAGGCCAUCUUCAGACACACAUGAGAGUGCACAAAGGAGAACAGCCAUUUUCCUGUUCUGAAUGUGGCAAACGGUUCUCACAAGCAGGCCAUCUUCGGACACACAUGAGAGUGCACACAGGAGAACAGCCAUUUUCCUGUUCUGAAUGUGGCAAACAGUUCUCACAAACAAGCCAUCUUCAGAAACACAUGCGAGUGCACACAGGAGAACAGCCAUUUUCCUGUUCUGAAUGUGGCAAACGGUUCUCACAAACAAGCCAUUUUCCUGUUCUAAAUGUGGCAAACGGUUCUCACAAACAGGCCAUCUUCAGACACACAUGA